AUGGGACAGAGAAUCGUGGAACGACCUUGGUCAGUCGUGGCGGCUGACACGAUGGAAUUCCCCUCAAGUAAGAGUAGAUGUAGAUACUUGGUGGUUUUUCAGGAUCUGUUCUCGAGAUGGGUCGAAUUAAAACCCUUAAGAUCAGCUGAUGGGAAGUCGGUGACUGGAGCAUUCGAGGAGUUGAUACUCUUCCAAUGGGAGACACCUAACUUUUUGUUAACUGACAAUGGGAAGGAGUUCGACCUGCUGUAUCUCAAGGAUGCAUUUCAGGAAUAUGGAAUGAAGCAUAUUACUACACCUCCAUAUCACCCUCAAGCAAAUCCGGUACAAAGGAGUAAUCGGACCUUAAAAACCAUGCUUUCGGCGUUUAUUAGGAGUGACCAUCGUGACUGGGACCUCCAUGUUCACGAAUUUCGACAUGCGAUGAACACGGCGACCCAAGCAACAACCAAAUCUUCCCCCGCAUACUUGAAUUAUGGUAGGAAUCCCCGAUUAAUUAAAAGUUUGCGACGAGAGGUUGAGGCUAAAGACAAGGUAGUUCUGAUAAAACCAGAAGAGUGGGUUGACAGAGUGAAACGUUUAGACGCGUUGCGGGACAUGGUGAAGAAGUUCAUUGACAGGGAGCGUGACAGACAAUCUGGGUACUAUAAUCGAAACCGCAAGGACGUGCCAUUUAAAGUAGGAGAUUUGGUAUUACGCAAAACCCAUAAGCUGUCUAGCGGAAACCGAAAUUUUGCGACAAAGCUUGCUCCAAAAUACGAGGGACGUUUUGAAAUUGUCGAACAAUUGUCCCCAACGGUAUUCGUAUUGCUCACUAGUGAUAGUCGCAGAAUCCCCAAAGUCCAUGUCACCGACCUUAAGAAAUACUUACCCCCUGGAAAUUGCCUUAUUCCGUACUAA